AAAGGAAGUAGGGGGGUAAGAAAUAGUGACGAAGCCCCUGGCGCCAUCUUCGCUUAAACAGUUUCACUUUUGUUUUACCCUUGACGCAGAAACACACAUCAUCUGAACCACAGCGGCCGGCUGCGUUUUACCAAGACACUUCUUCUACUGCGGGUCUGUUUGGACAUUCUACCCUCCGUCAUGUCUGUAGUCACAUCGAGCCUGUCUAAAGAUCAGCAGAAGAAGCUGCUCUCUGUCCUUGGUCAUGUCAGACUCCACCUGCUCUACAAAGCCAGCGUCCACGGCUUCACUGCUCAGGCUUUCCACAAACGCUGUGAUGAACAAGGGCCCACUGUCAUCGUUGCCUACAAUGCUGCUGGGUUCGUCUUCGGGGCUUACACGUCUAAAGACUACACCCAGAGCGAGCAGGACGUCAGUGACCAGGAGGCCUUCCUCUACAGCAUCAGUGCAGAGAGAGAAAAACCACUGAGGGUGGCAGGUAUCAGCGGAGAGUGCGCUUUCAAAGAUGGACAAACCGGUCCGGAUUAUGGUGCUUUGGUGUUCCUGUGUGAUGACAAACCUGAGAUCACAUCUGACCCAGGGACAAGAUUCAACUUUAAGGAUGCAGAGAUGCACGGAGAAGACUUGACACUGACUGAGUGUGAAGUGUAUCGGGUUGAAGACUUGGGAGAUCUCCUGGCCAAACCCUGGAGGACUGUCCAGUGGACUGCUGAGAGAAAGCAGCAGUUGAUGAAGGCCAUUCAGAGCUAUAAACCUGACAUUAAAAUAGUUAAUCGAGCCCGGGUGUUGUUGGUGGGACCUGUCGGAGCCGGCAAGUCUAGUUUCUUCAACUCCAUCAACUCAGUGUUUCGAGGCAACAUGACAUCCCAGGCCAUCGCAGGUACAGCAGGGAAGAGUGUUACCACUCAGUUCCGCACCUACACCAUCAAGGCAGGGAAAGGCGGUGGAGCUAUUCCUCUGAUCUUGUGCGACACAAUGGGGCUGGAGGAAAAGGCUGAUGCUGGUUUGGACAUUGACGACUUAGUCAACAUCUACAAGGGUCACGUAAAGGAUCGCUACCAGUUCUCUCCCUCCACUCCUCUCCUGUCGGAUGCUCCCGGCUAUAAGCAGAAAGUGACUCUGAGCGACAUGAUUCACUGUGUGGUUUAUGUGGUCGACACCUGCAAGGUCUCUCUCCUCUCCCAAAAAAUGCUGGACAAGUUCACUGCCAUCCGGAAAAAGACCAACCAGCUGGGAAUUCCUCAGAUUCUGUUGAUGACUAAAGUAGAUGUGGCCUGUCCACUGGUGGCAAAAGACCUAAAGAAUGUUUAUCACAGUGUUUACAUCCAGAAGAAGGCCCGGGAGUUGAGUGACUCUCUUGGCAUCCCCUUGUCUUGUGUGCUGCCAGUGAAGAACUACAGUGAGGAGCUGGACCUGAACCAGGACACUGACAUACUGCUGUUGACUGCUGUGGAGCAGAUGCUGAACUACGCAGACAGCUUCUUUGAGAACCAGGUUAAUGAGGACCAAGAGACAAAUGAUCAGCUGGACCUUUACAGAUCCAAUGAUCUUCUCCGCCCAAACCUUAGUAAUUCAAACUAAUGAGUCAGUUGAUCAGAUAUAUUAAAUGAAAUGUGUGUUUGUUUCAAAGUUUUUCCGGGCUGAGUAAAAAUCAUGCGAUAUGAGCAAAAGCUCCAGAAGCGCUAAUGAAUGGACCUUGAUGUGAGAUUAUUUUAUGAACUGCCUGCCCCAGGCUCUUAAAAACUCUUAAAAAACACUUUAGUUGGGUUUUCAGUUACUAUUUUGCCAUGAAGAGGAUCAAAGGAUGCUAUUAUUUCACAUGUGACCAGUGUUUUCAUUUUAAUUCACUUUUAUGCACUUGCUUGGGUUUUCUGAUAAAAAUGCACUUGCAAUUAAUAUAUACACAUUGUUUUCACUGUUUUGCUCUUGUUGUUGUCAUUAUACAGUUACAAAAUGAAAAUAAAUAAAUAAAGCCCUUUGUUUGCAUGAACAUCUUGCUCAUA